AUGUCAUUCGGUGGCGGCGGCGGCUUUGGUGGCUUCGGCUCCAACAACAAUAACCAGUCGACGGGCUUUGGUUUCGGUGCGAACAACAACAACGCCACCGGCGGUGGCUUUGGCUCGAACACCGGCAACGCAUUCGGCUCGAACAAUAACCCCACUGGCAGCAGCAUGUUCGGCGGUAACACAACGAGCACAUUUGGCAGCGGAGGCGGCUUUGGUGCGAACAACAGUAACAACACCACUUCGGCAUUCGGCUCGAAACCGUUCGGUAGCGCAACAACGGGCGGCGGACUUUUUGGUGGCGGCGGCGCAUCGACGGGAGGUUCGACAUUCGGUGGGUUUGGAGCCAACAACAACAACAACAACACAUCUUCUGGAUUUGGCGGCGGUGCAAGCACUGGCACGAGCCUGUUUGGAGGUGCAAGCAAGCCUGCUUUCGGCGGCGGCGCAACAACUAACACCGGUGGCGGUUUGUUCGGCGGUGGAAGCACUGGUGGGUUCGGCGCCAACAACACCGCUGGAGGCUUUGGCAGCGGUGCGACUGGCGGUUUCGGCGCAGCAGCGACCAAUGCGCCUAACAAUGGUACCGCAAGCACACCGUUCCAGGCCCACACCGAGAAGGACGGCACAUCCGCGACGCAGCACUACCAGACCAUCACCUUCCAGCAGCCAUACACAAACUACUCUCUCGAGGAGCUGAGGCUCGCAGACUACAAUCAGGGGCGUCGAUACGGUAACCAGAAUGGUCAGGGCGGUGCGUUCGGUCAGAGCUCCACGUUUGGCGGUUUCGGUGCUAAUAACAACACCACUGCCACAUCUGGCUUUGGCGCCAACAACACGAACACCGGCGGUGGUUUGUUCGGUGGCAGCAGCACAACAAACACCACUGGAGGAUUCGGUCAGGCUACAGGAGGUUUCGGCGCGAACAACAACGCCAACAACAACGCUGGUGGAGGGCUCUUUGGAGCGGCGAAGCCAGCAACUGGCGGUCUGUUCGGAGCAUCGACCACAGCCAGUACGGGUACCACGGGCGGUGGCCUCUUCGGAGGAGGAGGCUCGACUACCAACACAACUGGAGGGUUCGGGACUGGUGGUGGCUUCGGUGCAGCCAACACCAAUAACACAGGAGGUGGUCUCUUCGGCGGCGCCAACAGCAACGCGGCGAAGCCUGCUUUCGGUGCAGGGGCAACGAACACCUCAACUGGUUUUGGCGGCUCGACGAACACCGGCUUCGGGCAAUCGAACACUGGUGGAGGGCUUUUCGGACAAAACAAUCAAGCCAGCGCUGCACCUGCUUUCGGUGGUGCUUCGACGACAGCUAAUGCAGGCGGCGGACUGUUCAGCAACCCGGGUAGCGCAUUUGGACAGAACAACACCACUCAGCCACCAGCAUCUGGAGGACUCUUUGGUGGUGGUGGCUUCGGACAAAACAACAACCAGGCCAAGCCCGCAACAGGUGGUCUCUUUGGAGGAGGAGCUACAACGAACAACACCGGCGGUGGUCUGUUCGGCGGCGGCGCCUCCCAACCAGCUCCAGCAUCCGGAGGCCUUUUCGGAGGCUCUACAACAAACAACAACGCUGGAGGAGGACUCUUUGGAGGCGCCAAGCCUGCUGCCACAGGUGGCGGUCUCUUUGGAGGCGGCGGUAACACUGCCAACACUGGAGCUGCUACUGGAGGCGGUUUGUUCGGCAACCUUGGGGGACAGAACAACCAGACCAGCGCCGGACAAAGCCUUUUUGGUGGUCAGAGCAAUCAACAGAAGCCAGGCGGUCUCUUUGGCAGCUCUACAACGAACAACAAUGCUGGAGGCUCUCUCUUUGGAGGUAUGGGCCAGACCAACCAGCAGCAGAACAACAUGGGUGGCUCCCUCUUCGGUGGUAGUCAGAACCAACCACAGCAGAACCAGCAGCAGAAUGGCAACAGCCUAUUUGGUGCAUCAGGGAGCUCUCUGCUCAACACUUCUCUGAACACCAACCCCUACGGAAACGAUGCCUUGUUCGCAGGUCUUGCUACUCCGACUCAGAGCCCUGGUCCGAUUGCUACGCCUCUGUCCAGCAGUCAGAAGAACAAGAAGAGCGCCAUCCUUCCUCAGCACAAGCUAAACCCUGCUGCAUCCACACGUCUGCUCACUCCUCAAGCCAAGCGUACUGGUGGCUAUGGUUUCAGUUAUUCCACUUACGGCAGCCCAGCUAGCGGUCAGGCCACUCCCAACCUCGGUGGUAGUCUUUUCGCUGGAGGCAGUCUUUCUCGCUCGCUCGGUAGUAGAAGUACUUCUGUGAGCAAUCUGCGCAACAGCUUCACCCCUGAGACCAGCAUCUUGGCCCCAGGUGCUUUCUCUACGACCGGACGCUCUUUCGGCAACGGUAGCCUCAAGAAGCUAAACGUGAACCGCUCACUCAACACACGUAUCCCGCUCUUCGAGGAGCCGUCAAACCAUAAGCGCGUCAGCUUUGCUGGUGGUGAUGGUGACACUCUGAACGGCAACACGAACGGAGAGACCGCGUUAGUGGUACGAAGGGAGGACGACGAGGCAUCGUCUAGAUCUGUCAAUGGCGACGGUAGCCCUGAGCCUUCUCGUCCCGCCAUGCAGCAAGUCAACGGCAAUGAGCUUGCGCGAGUUCCAGAGGAUCCUGCACUCACAACGAAAUCGUCAUCGUUGGCCAAUGUCCAGCCUGGAGAAGAUCCUGAACCUGGAAACUAUUGGUCUCAACCGUCUUUGGAGCAGCUGAAGAAGAUGAGCAAGCAAGAGCUCAAGAGCGUGCGCAACUUUGUUGUCGGCCGCCACAACAUUGGGCAGAUCGAGUUUCACCAGGGUGCACCAGUCGAUCUCUCUGAGACUGAACUCUCCAAGCUCUUUGGCGAUAUCGUGCAGCUCAACCACCGCAACGCCACUGUCUACGGAGAGAACUGCACAUGCUUGCCGAAGCCACCGAUGGGAACCGCACUGAACCACCCGUCCCGCGUCAUUCUUCUCAACUCGUGGCCUCGAAACAAGGCUGGCAAGAAGGACGUGAAGCAUCUGGAGCGCCUGAAGCGCGUCGCCGGUACUACAUUCGAGAGCUACAAUGCUGCAAACGGUGGCUGGAUCUUCACUGUCCCUCACUUCUCGUCUUACGGUCUUGACUACGAGAAUGAUUACAGUGACGACGAGGAUGAUGAGUCGAGUGUGCUCAGCCCCGUGCCAGAUACUCCCGCGCAGACACUGCUCAACACCAGCCAGAUGACUAGCACACCCCAACAGGACUCCCUUGUGAGCCCAGACGAGUCUAGCCCCGAUGACACUUUCGACUUCAAGCGUGGCAUGCGUGCACGCGCGAGCGUUCCUGGCGGGUUCGGCGACGAAGCUGUCUACGAGGAGUACGAGGAUGACGAUGCCUCUCGUGACGAGUCUUUUUUAGGGGACCGCUCCGUGGGUUCGCUUGAUGGCCAGCAAGAAGCUGACUACUAUGAGAGCGAAUCCGAAUUGGACCAGGACCAGAGCAUGGCGGAUUCUGUGUCCGGAUCUCUUCGUACCACGGAGCAAGCAGCCGCUGCAGAGUCAGAUCCUUUCAGGAGCACACUCAAGGCACCAAAGUCGAUCCUGAAGGCUAGUCAGGUCUUCAAGCCAGGCUUUGGUACACCUUCGAAAUCCCAUGCCGUCUUUGAUGACGACUGGGCGAAUCAGCUUCAACGCACCAUCAGCCCAAGGAAGCAAGAUAGAACUGUCCUGCGCGAGAGCCAGGGUCAUGCCCUCCUUCAUGAGCACGAGAGGAGCCCUACUCUUGCAGCACAGUCGAUCAAUGCCCGACCUUUUGCGACACACAUGGAUUUGAUGAACUCUCUCUUUGGCGAGACGGAGAACCACCGAGAGUCGCUCUCAAAGCGACAAGGACAUGGCAUCGAGUUACCAUAUUCGAAACGACCCAAGUCCUCCUACGAUCUCGACCAGAUGACCGACGCCGACAAAGACUUCCACUACUGCAGCAAGCCACACUUCAGCGAAACCGGUGUUUUGAUUUACGGCAACAAAGGCUCUGCGAAUCUUGAAAGUGGCGUGUUUUCUACUGCUCAAGAGCCACUUGUUGGUGCGACAAAGGAUACUCGCUUUGUGCAAAUGCCGAGCUUUGAUGAUGCCGCCCCUGAGACGUUGAGCCUCCAGAAGCAGCACACCAAGAUUUCUACUGCUGGUGGUGUCCCAUUCGCGACACUCCUGACUGAUCCUGCCCCCGUGGAGUUCUCUGACGUGGCCAAGGCUGUUGCCAUUGAUACUGCGGCAGGCACACAUGAACAGCAUGCGUGGCAGCUACUCUCGCUUCUCUUCGACGAUCCUGAUCAAGUACCGGCUGAUGUCGAGCCUGAGCACAAAGAGCGUUUCAGGAAGGAAAGACUGUCCGAAUUCUGGAAGACAUUAGUCUUUGGUGAUGCACAGAAGCACGCGCAGGAAGCUGCGACGCAUGAGGAGCGUGCGAUCGCACAGCUAAGCUGCAACAACAUUGCAGAAGCUUGCCAUGCUCUGCUUGAAGGUCUGGAUCUACGCCUUGCUACUAUGGUCGCACAAAUCGGCGGUGAUGCGAACAUGCGCCAAACCGUGCUUACACAGAUCGAGGAGUGGCGGCGCCUAGACAUGCUGGCCGAGAUGGAAGAUACACAUCGCGCUCUGUACGAGUUGCUCUCUGGUAAUUGCGCACAGGCCGAUGGCAAGCUUGGAGCUGGCCGAGAGAAUAAAGCUGUCACGUUCAACAUCUCAAGCAGAUUCGCCCUCGAUUGGCGACGCGCUUUUGGCCUUCGCCUUUGGUACGGCACCUUGAUUGACGAGCCUAUCGAGUUAGCUGUAGCCCAGUUCGCAGAUGCUAUCAGAGACGGUGUCGAAGAUGUUAAGCCAGUCCCCUGGUUUGUCCGGGAUAGCGCUGACAUGGGCUGGACUGAUCCGGACGCGACCAACCGCGAAGAUCUCCUAUGGGGCAUUUUGAAGCUAUACGCGGCUUCCAAGCUAGACAUUCCAGCGAACGUCGAAGAUGUUCUGGCUCCAGAGAAUGUAUCUGGUCAUCCUCUCAACGCACGACUGUCAUUCCAGCUCUUCCAGCUCUUCUACUCCCGUCAUGAGGACUCCAAAGAAGCAGAAGAACGCAAAAUUGGCAUGCCGACCUUCCGCGGUGACGAAGAGGGUGACUUCCGUCGAUCUUUCAUGUCAUCGACUGCCACUGUCACCAACAAGGACACACAAGGGACUAACCCCCUUGUUGAACUUGGAGACCACAUUGCCCUCUUGUACGCUGCCUCGCUGCACACUAAACAGCACUGGACUACAGCCAUUUGGGUCUACACGCAUCUAUCAUCUGUGGCAAUGCGCGAGCACUAUAUCCGGUCGCUGGUCAACCAGUUCGCAAAAUUCAUCACGCUUGCGGACACAGACUCUACGUAUGCUUAUCUCACCAACGACCUGCAUGUCCCAGCAACUUGGCUUCACGCUGCGGCUGCGCUGCAAGCCAAGACCGAAGGCGAUGCUGUCCGGGAAGCAACACACCUUAUCAAAGCUGAUGAGCUGGAGGAGGCUCACGAGGUUCUUUGUCGCAAAGUCGGCCCUGAUGCCAUCAUCUCACGCGACUACGAGCCAUUGCGCGAACUCAUGAUCGGUUUCGUACCCGAGGAAGUUGACGGUUCGACCAACGAUAACCCAUCCUUCACUUCUUCGAACCAAGGUCGUCAUCACGAACGUGUAUCUGGCUGGGCACAAGGUGGUCAGAUUUACUACGACUAUAUGGAGCUCCUUGACUUUACGGGCCGCCGCUCGACCUAUCGUGUGGAUGAAGAACUGGAACAAGAGAUCCAGCAUCUGCUCGCUAAGCUACAAAAAGCUCUCGAAAUUGCUGCACGGGAUCGCCUCGAAUCCUGUGGUCUCGAAGAACGCGUCGCACUGAUGGAGAUUGCUGCCACCGUCGCUAAUCUGAUUGCGAAGAACAAGGUACCCCCCCCCCCCAACGUACCAACGUACACAUUCACGCACAAUGGCUAAAGCUCAUACAGACCGCAAAUCGCUCGCAAAUCCUCAAGCUCCCACUGACCGAAGAUCUCUGGCUCAAGCACUCGUGCGACCUGAGCAUAAGCUACUACCGCAAUCUUAUGGCAAGUAGAUAG